AUGUGUUACUAUUGUCGCUACUUAGCACAUGAAAAAUUAAUUAGUUACGACGAUGAACAAUACCUAAGCAAUCAUGUUAAAUAUCACCAUGUAAGAUCGUGUUACUUAACGACAGUUUUACGUCUGAUCGGCAUAACGUUGUUUUUCGUUAUGCUCAACAUCACGAUUGUUCUCUCACAAUCAUCACAAGUUCAACAACAAAAAGAUCAAUCGUCUCAAGGUAAAAAGCCAAAGAUUUGUUUCAAUGUUUAUCCUUCGAUUCGAGAAGAGAAAGAUGCUCGAAAUAAAGUUGUUCUUGGUUGGGUAUUAUUGACGUCUUCUUCGCUAUUUAACACCUAUCAACAGAUCUUCUACUAUGAUAAGAAAUGUGUCGAUAUCAAACCUUUUAUCUGUUCAUUUGUUAAACUAGAUUUCUACAGUGUUAAUAAAGUCAAUGGCGAAGAUCAUCAACAAGCAAAACAUCAUCAGUCCCAUUCAUCAUCAACAUCCUCGACGAAUUCGUCUAUUCAGCGAAAGACUAAACGUUUAACAUUUGAGAAACGUCUCAUUCGCGAUUUACUUGAUAAUUAUCCGACGAUAUAUGCACGUCCAAUCCGCAAUGUAUCUCAACCAUUAGUAAUCACAUUUGGUUUAACAUUCACACAGUUAUUUGAUUUGGGUUCGACCGGUCAAAAAAUGCAAACAAAUACAUGGAAAACAUUCACCUGGCAAGAUAUGAAUCUCGUUUGGGAUCCGAAAGAUUAUGGUGGAUUAGCUACUGUAUGUCUGCCAGCUGAUUCAAUCUGGACACCAGAUGUCGUUCUCUAUAAUUACGCUGAUGAACGUCUGAAAGAUUGGCGAGAAAUCUCGGCCGUCAUACAAAGCACAGGUGAUGUUUUAUAUGUUCCUGCCAUCAUGCAAUUCAGUAUCUGUUUCCUCGAUAUAACUAAUUUCCCUUUCGAUAUCCAUCAAUGUUCAUUGGAGUACCGUUCGUGGACAUACGAUAACACGAAAGUGGAAUUAGAAUUCAAAGAUAAUAAGAAAAGUAUGGAUAUGACUUCGUACAUAGUUUCGAACGAAUGGAAAAUCGAUCAACUCGAAGCGGAAAAGUCGUUAGCUAAUGGAACGUUCUCCUUGUUAAAAUAUACGUUAAUCAUCGAACGCAAAGGUGGCCUCUAUGGUUAUAUUUUAAUAUUACCUUGUUUACUUUUAUCUGCAGCAACGAUGGUUGUCUUUUGGAUUCCACCUGAAUCGCCAGCAAAAAUGAUCUUAACUGUCUCGAUCUUCUCCGGCCUUUUUCUUCUAUUACUUCUGCUGGCUGAAUCUAUGCCGAGUGGCGGUGGCACGCCAAAAAUUGGCUAUUAUUAUUGCGUUAACAUGGUUGUUGUGUGUGUAACAGGCGUUCUUGCCACUGUCGUCAUCCAUAUCUACGUUCGUGGCGAUCGUCGUCAAGGAAUUUCCCCAACGGUGCGUCGCAUAUUUCUUCACUUUCUCGGACGCUUGUAUUGUAUGGUUCCUAAAACACCGCCAGCAGUACCGGCGAAUGUGUCGUCUCGUCACGGUCCACCCUCCCCUGGUGCUCUUGUUCUACCGGAACAAAUCUUUCUUACGCCGCACUAUCACGAAGAAGAAUUUUCGAAGAAACUCAGAUUACUCAAACAACGCUUCCAUGAAUACCAUCAGCAACAAAAGCAAGGUUUAAUCAAUGAAAAUUCGAGUACAAGUGAAACCAUGGCGGCGCUGAAUUUAAACUUACGUUCAAUCGAGAACGAUCUCAAAGAAGUCCGAGAUUAUCUCCGACAUAUGAAAAAGAAAAUUGAAAGUACAGAUCAAUCGAUCAAGAAUGCCGACGAUUGGAAGAGCGUUGCACUUGUCAUUGAUCGUACAUUUUUCUUUAUCUACUGUAUUUGGUUUGUUAUCUCUCUCGUUGUUAUGUUCCCCAAAACUGGUGCAUUCACAAGUAAUUUACCGAUACAUGAUCCAACAGCAUCAAUAAAUAUUACAAUGUCUACGAAUAAUUUAACGAUGAUUUAA